AAAUGAUAGCUGCCGAUUCAUAGAGUUAAUGGGACGAAUCGAAAGCUCCAAAGUUAUGGUUGUUUGUGAUCUCAUCGUAUUCAUGGUGAUGAUAUAGAUGAAGUAGGUGUGUGUGGGUCCCUUUUAUCUUUUCGAAUUGGGGAAAAAUUUCUAUUGCAGGCGGCCAUCAAUUGAACAGAAAGGCAAACAAUCAUUCGAUCUGCAACCAUGGAGAAAUCCAAGAUUGGGAGAAGGUUUGAAGGAAAAGUUGCGAUCGUUACAGCUUCAACUCAAGGCAUAGGUUUCAGUAUUGCUGAACGCUUUGGCUUAGAAGGAGCCUCUGUUGUCAUCUCCUCUCGCAGACAGAAAAACGUUGAUGAGGCGGUGAAAAAGCUCCAGGCACAAGGAAUUGAAGUCUUGGGAUUGGUAUGCCAUGUUUCUAAUGCACAACAGAGAAAGAAUCUCAUUGACCAGACGAUUCAGAAAUAUGGGAAAAUAGAUGUAGUAGUGUCAAAUGCUGCUGCUAAUCCUUCAGUUGAUGCCAUUCUUAAAACUCAAGAAUCGGCCCUUGACAAGCUUUGGGAAAUCAAUGUUAAAACCGCUAUACUGCUUAUUAAGGAUGCAUCCCCUCACUUAACGGAAGGUUCAUCAAUUGUUUUCAUUUCCUCGAUCAGUGCUUUCCAACCUCCAACUGGCUUGGCUAUGUAUGGUGUCACAAAGACUGCUCUUCUUGGUCUUACCAAGGCUCUUGCAACCGAGAUGGGCCCACGUACUCGUGUGAACUGUGUGGCUCCGGGGUUUGUACCUACACACUUUGCUGAAUUCAUUACCAAUAAUGAAACCAUGAGAAAGAGCCUCGAAGAAACGACAUCGCUCAAGAGGCUUGGGACGACAGAAGACAUGGCUGCAGCCACCGCAUUCUUGGCUUCUGAUGAGGCUUCGUAUAUAACGGGUGAGACUCUUGUGGUUGCCGGAGGGACGCCUUCCAGAUUAUAAACCUUUUUCAUUGAACUCUUCUGUUCUCUAGGGAGACUUUUGGUUUGACGGAAUGUUUUGAGGAAUCUGGAUUUGAAUUUUAUGGAAGGAUUUGAAAUCUUUGGUGUCUUUUGUUU